UCGGUUCUCACUCUCUCUCGCUCUCAUAUUGACACUUGUGAUUGAGGGCUGAUCAUCGAGCAGCUCAAGCAGCGAUGGGCCAAUCAGAACGAUUGAUAAGGGAAGGAUAAAGGCUUGUCAAUCAGUCGGAGUUGAGGGAGAGCAAAAGCGCCAGCCAUGGCUAUGAUUCAAGGGCUCGGGCUGGCUCGAUCUAUCGUCUGUCCCGGUUCGACCACUUCAAAAUGGCAGGCGUUGAGACCUGGAGCUGUGCUCGUUCUUCAUCGACCAGUCAGCCGCCCGUUCUCGACUGUAUCAAGGUCGAAAUAUACCUCAGGCAGUCCUCGUGCCCCUCUACGGCCCGCCUCGUCCUCACUUUCUGCCCCACGGGUAUUCCCAUUCAUUCGAUUUCACUCAUCCCCAUCAUCAAAUGAACCUAUAAAGCGAGAAAGUGGCAGGGAGGAGAAAGCCCUUAGCCCUCCAUCUCCAUCUUCGUCCGCUUCAGCAUCUUCUACCGCGAUUGCAACUCCGCCACCGACAGACUUCGCAGCCACGACAACCGCUUCCCCAUCGACCGAGAUCAAGAAGUCAUCAGAUGAGCCUCAUUUGGCAGCAGACUCGGCUUCCAUUCUCAAAUUGAUCAAGCUUGCCAAACCACAAUGGAGGCUACUGACAGCUGGCUUCGGAUGCCUGGUCAUCACGACCGCUACUGGUCUGGCGUUCCCUUACUUCUCCGGCCGGAUUAUCGAUUUCUUCAAUCCUGCUAGCGAGGCUCAGACCAUGUUCCUCGGCUUGGACCUAUAUUGGGCAGCGGCAUUCAUGGCUGCGACUUUCGUCUUAGGAGCAGCUGCAAAUGCCGGUAAGAGCAUAGCAUUGCGACUUUCUGGACAGCGAACAGCUGCUAUGAUCAGAAACCAGACAUAUGCCAAAUUCCUCGCUCUCCCGCCUUCUCAUAUCGAGCAGAGUGGAGUAGGUGAUGCUCUAUCCCGUCUAGGUCAAGAUACAUCCCUCGUUGGUCAGUCGCUCUCCGAAAAUCUAGGAGAAGGAGUGAAAGCUGUCCUCGGAGCUACAUCGGCCACCGCAGCAAUGUGGUACAUAUCCCCAAGUCUUACCAUGUUCAUGCUCUUGGUCGUCCCUCCAGUCUCUGCCAGCUCGUAUUUCUAUGGUAAAUAUAUUCGAAAAUUGUCUCUCAAGACUCAAGAAGCGAUGGGUCAGAUGUCAAAACUUGCGGAAGAGAGAUUAUCGGCUCAUCGAACCAUCACUGCUUCGAAUACUCAGCCGGCGGAGCAAGCUCGAUUCGCGGCCAAGGUUGACGGCGUAUAUCAACUUCAGAAACGAGAGACAAUAGCCAACGGCCUGUUCUCUGGUGGAACCGAAGGAUUCGGAGAUGUUGGAUUGAUUGGAUUACUGUUGUAUGGAGGAUACCUUAUGUCUCGGGGACAAAUCACGGUUGGAGACAUGACUGCAUCUCUAAUCUACAUUCACUGGGUAGAAUGGAGUAUUCAGACGCUCUCUGGAUUUUUCACCGGACUCAUGAAAGGUGUCGGGGCAUCGCAACGUAUCGUUGGCUUGCAUGAGACCAUCUCCCCGAUCCCGCUUUCGAUUGGAGCCCCUGUGCCUCGUAAUAACACUCACGACGGUGCCAUUGAGCUCAGAGAUGUCUCAUUCGCGUAUCCCUCGCGACCUCACGUCAAAGUCCUGGACAAUCUCAACCUCAAGAUUGAAAAGGGCGAGCGUGUAGCUCUAGUAGGUGGUAGCGGAUCCGGCAAAUCGUCAAUCCAGCUUCUUCUUCUGCGAUUCUAUGACCCUACAUCCGGAUUAGUCAAAUUCGAUGGGACUGAUAUCCGUGACUAUGUACCCGAAUCAUGGCGAGCAAGGAUUGGAGUCGUGCCCCAGGACCCCGUCCUGUUUGGAGGUACCAUCCACGAGAACAUCUCAUAUGGGCAUCCGACCGCUACUCGGGUGGAAGUCGCUCGUGCUGCCAAGGUGGCUCACUGUGAUUUCAUCGACAAUCUUCCUGAAGGCUACGACACUAUCAUCACAAAGAACAGUCUGUCUGGAGGUCAGCGACAGCGUAUUGCUAUUGCUCGAGCUUUGGUCGGCAAUCCAGCGGUCUUAUUAAUGGACGAAGCGACUAGUGCGCUCGACUCCGAGUCUGAACAGGCUGUCAAUACUGCCCUUGACAACCUCUUCGAUGCGUCCGAUAUGACCGUCAUCCUCAUCGCCCAUCGUCUCUCUUCAAUUGCACAAGCUGAUCGAGUUGUGUUACUGGAAGGAGGAUCGGUUGCGGAAGACGGAUCGUACUACGAACUCAUCUCCCGCAAAGAUGGUCGAUUCAGACGCAUGGUAGAGAGCCAAAUGGCCAAGAUUGGUGAACCCGCUGUUGUUGGCGUCGAGGCGACUGAAGAAGCAUCGAAAGGGAAACCGCCGGCACCGGAAGAGGAAGGCGUUUCAGAGGAUGCGGUUGAAAAGGAACAGGUCGACGUCACUGUCAAUCCUCAACCGAGAGUAUCUAAAAAGCCAUCCUCGGGGUCAAGCGGUGUUGCGAAGUCGACUUCGGGUCAAGAUUCAAGUCCAUUCUCAUCUGGUCAGAGGAGAUUGCUGCACAGCAGGCCGUCGAGGCGCAGCACGUCCCCCUCCCAGCAGUCAGUCACUCUGCCUGACACCGGAAGGCCUCAGACAUCUCUUCAGAAGCACACAGUCUGGGGUGCUGCAUCCAUAGCGCCUCCCCCGAUGGAAGCUAUCGAUCUGCCACCUGUGCCUGCGCCUUCAGCCACUCUAGAGUCAUACCGACCAGUUUCUCCACUGACUCUCCGCCGAAGACUCAAUGUGUAUUCACAGUUGUCCAAACGGAACCUCUCGAUCUUGAUGACACUGACUGCGACGACUGGUCUUGCGCUAUCGCCCCUACCGACUGAUCUACCUCUCCUUCUCAGUCUCACUAUCGGGACUUUCCUUACUUCCGCCGCUGCCAACACGUUCAAUCAGAUUCUCGAGGCGCCUUUGGACGCUCAGACACCCAGGACUCGAGUCAGACCGCUGGUAAUGCGUCGGAUCAGCCCUUUCCAUGCUGCAAUCUUUGGCGUCGUAUGUACCAUUCUCGGUGGGACUAUCCUCCUCUUCGGGACUAAUCCCACGACUGCCGCGCUGGGCAUGGGUAAUCUGGUACUUUAUGCCGCUAUCUACACGCCGAUGAAGAGAUUCAGCGUGGCCAAUACUUGGGUCGGAGCCGUCGUGGGGGCUAUUACGCCUCUCAUGGGUUGGACAGCCACUGGCGGAUCCCUGCUGCCGACGACAACUCAACCCAUCUCGUACUAUCUUCCUUCUCUCCCUUGGGACUUUACAGCUCUCACGACGCCGAAUCCCCUGACUGCUUACACUCUCUUUUUCCUCCUUUUCUCCUGGCAAUUCCCUCAUUUCAAUGCCCUCUCUCACCUCAUUCGAGGCUCCUACGCCCUAUCUGGCUAUCCCAUGCUAUCAGUCUUUUCACCCCGGCUCAAUGCGCUCGUCUCAUUGAGGCACGCAAUCCUCUUAUUCCCCAUCACAUGGCUCGCACCAUUGUCCGGUUCAGUAGAUUGGUCUUUCGCCUUCACCUCGGCAGUGCCCAAUGCCAUCUUCUUGCGAGAAGCGUGGAGGUUUUAUAAAGUCGCGAAUGACGUGACGGCCAAGAGGGUAUUCUUCGUCUCUCUAUGGUACCUCCCUGUCGUCUUGGGUUUGAUGAUGGUCCACAAGAGUGUCGCCGGAUGGAUGACGGGUGGUGAAGAAAGAUCGACGGCGGAGGCGAUGGUGACGGAUGACGACGUGCAAGACUCUUCAUCAACGCAGAAGAAUGGCUCUGCGUCUUCGAAAGGGGCAUAAGAUUGAGGCGAGAAUGGCUAUCAGAAGAAAAAUAUUUACAAGCAUAUAGACGGGACAAGGUGUCCCCCACAAAUCACAUUUGUAUCGCACCACUAGCACUAGCACGAAUGACACCUCACGUCUCAGCAUUUGUGCAUAGUCAGUUUCCAAAACUAAGAAGAACGUAUUCAACCAUUCCCUAUCCC